CUUCAGAAUACUGUAUGACACUACAUCAUGAGUGACAGUAAAAGCGAUGGUCAGUUUUACAGUGUGCAAGUGGCGGACUCAACUUUCACUGUUCUAAAACGUUAUCAGCAGUUGAAACCAAUCGGCUCUGGAGCCCAAGGAAUUGUUUGGCGCCAUCAUUGCAGUGCCUUGCCAUUCAUUGGCAGGAUGAGGCCAGGCAGUGUCAUUAUCACACCAUGGAUUAACCAGGAAGGGGCGCUGUGUGAGGGGUUGGGCUGGCCGUCUCUUCUGUGGUGUCUCUCUUCAACUAUGUGUCCAGCCCAGGACGUCAGAACCAUUAGUCUGACCCUGAACCGUAGGCUCUUGCAUGGUAAGACAGUCAGCUGCCGCGACUUCACUGGCCAGACACAGUGCUGCUUUUGAUACAGUUCUUGGGAUAAAUGUUGCUGUCAAGAAGUUAAGCCGUCCUUUUCAAAACCAAACGCACGCAAAGAGAGCCUACCGCGAACUCGUCCUCUUAAAGUGUGUCAACCAUAAAAAUAUAAUUAGCCUGUUAAAUGUGUUUACCCCACAAAAAACUCUAGAAGAAUUUCAAGAUGUGUACUUGGUUAUGGAGCUAAUGGAUGCUAACUUAUGUCAGGUUAUUCAUAUGGAGCUGGACCAUGAAAGGAUGUCGUACCUUCUCUACCAGAUGCUCUGUGGCAUCAAGCACCUGCAUUCAGCUGGUAUCAUUCACAGAGAUUUGAAGCCUAGCAACAUUGUAGUAAAGUCAGACUGUACCCUCAAGAUCCUUGACUUUGGCCUGGCACGGACAGCCUGUACCAACUUUAUGAUGACUCCCUAUGUAGUGACUCGCUACUACCGCGCUCCAGAAGUCAUCCUGGGCAUGGGCUACAAAGAGAACGUUGAUAUCUGGUCAGUGGGUUGCAUCAUGGGAGAGCUGGUGAAAGGUUGUGUGAUAUUCCAAGGCACUGACCAUAUUGAUCAGUGGAAUAAAGUUAUUGAACAGCUAGGAACACCAUCUGCGGAGUUCAUGAAGAAACUUCAGCCAACUGUGAGGAAUUAUGUGGAAAACAGACCAAAGUACCCUGGAAUCAAAUUUGAAGAGCUCUUUCCAGAUUGGAUAUUUCCAUCAGAGUCUGAGCGAGACAAAAUAAAAACAAGUCAAGCCAGAGAUCUGUUAUCGAAAAUGUUAGUGAUUGAUCCAGACAAGCGAAUCUCUGUGGACGAAGCCUUGCGUCACCCUUAUAUUACUGUUUGGUAUGACCCCGCUGAAGCAGAAGCGCCACCACCUCAAAUUUAUGAUGCCCAGUUGGAAGAAAGAGAGCAUGCAAUUGAAGAGUGGAAAGAACUAAUUUACAAAGAAGUGAUGGACUGGGAAGAAAGAAGCAAGAAUGGUGUAAAGGACCAGCCUUCAGAUGCAGCAGUAAGUAGCAAGGCCACUCCUUCUCAGUCGUCAUCCAUCAACGACAUCUCAUCCAUGUCCACUGAGCACACUCUGGCCUCAGACACAGACAGCAGUCUCGAUGCCUCAACAGGACCCCUUGAAGGCUGUCGAUGAUAUGUUGGAGACAGCGCACUUGUGUGUGAAGGAACUCUCGCUUCCGUGGCCCUGAAGCGCACGGGAGUUGAUGGAACCAAAUCGAAAACCUCCAUGUUCUGCAUGUAAGAAACACGAUGCCUUGCCCCUGCUCAGUUCUAAUAGGAUUGCCUGCUUAGACUAUAAAAUGAGGCAGACCAUGUCUGAAGAAAGAGUUCAAACCACACUGUUAGAAAUUUUGUUCAAGAUCAUUUCAGGUGAGCAAUUAGAAUAGUGGAGUUUCUUUUCUGAGUUGUGUGGUGUCCGUGGUGACAGCUCAUGUGUAACUGUGGGGACUUGUAUGCAUGUGACCACAAAUGCUUGCUUGAACUUGCCCAUGUAGCACUUUGGGAAUCAGUAUUUAAAUGCCAAAUAAUCUUACAGGUAGUUCUGCUUCUAGAAUAAUCUCUUAAUCCUUUUUAGUAAUUGGUGUCUGUACACACACACACA